GUUCAAACAUUUAUCAGCUAAUUCAUUUCAGUGAUAGUCAUGCCCGGACUUCAGCACGUUGUUCUUCUUGAUAAAAUUGAUUUGUCAGCGAGAGAUAUUUUGGCCCAAAAUGGCAUCAAAGCUGACGUGUUAGAAAAGUUUUCGGAAAUACCAGCUGAAACAUUGCAGUCAUUGGAUGGAUUAAUAGUUCGAUCUGCAACAAAAGUCACUGCUGAGGUGAUUUCGAAAUGUCCGGGUUUGAAAAUCAUUGGUCGAGCGGGAACAGGGGUAGAUAACAUCGAUGUUGGUGAAGCUACGAAUCGCGGAAUAAUUGUCAUGAAUACUCCAGGUGGAAAUACUAUCAGUGCUGCAGAGCAUACAUGUUUCAUGGUAGUGGCUCUAGCCAGAAACGCAGCUAACAAUAAUGCUAUCAUGAAGAGCCACAAAUGGAGUAAAGGAGCAGGACAAGAGCUAAUGGGCAAAACGUUGGGUAUAAUUGGACUGGGUCGAAUCGGCCUCGAAGUUGCUAGUCGAAUGCAAGCAUUCGGAAUGAAAACUGUUGGGUUCGAUCCCAUAGUUGCCCCAGAAUCGGUAGCGCCGCUCAAUGUACAGUGGAUGACCUUAGAUGAACUCUGGCCUAUUUGUGACUACAUAACAGUUCACACUCCUCUGAUCCCACAAACUAAGGAUCUCGUUUGCUCUAAGACUUUAGCGUUGUGCAAAAAAGGAGUUAAGAUUAUCAAUGUUGCAAGAGGAGGAAUUGUAAGUGAAACCGAUCUCUUGGAAAACCUUAAUUCUGGCCAAUGUGGUGGAGCUGGUCUAGAUGUAUUCAUAGACGAACCGGUGAAAGAUUGGACCUUAGUUGACCAUCCUAACGUAGUGGCUACAGCUCAUCUCGGAGCUAGCACUAAAGAAGGACAGCUUAAAUGUGGACAAGAAAUAGCCAACCAGUUUGUUGAUUUUGCAACCAAUGCGUCGUCCAUAAACGGAGUAAUCAAUUCACCGGCUCUGAUAGCUUCAUUUUCAACUGAAAAUGCUCCAUGGCUCAGAUUAGCAACGUCACUUGCUCAACUUCUCUCAGCUAGCACAUCAGAAACGUUAGUAGGAGACUGGAAAGUAGAAAUAACUGGAACUGAGUACCCUGGAAACUUGAAAAGGUUUAUCCUAACGGCAGUUGCGGCUGGCGUUUUAAAGAAAGUGGAAUCGAAUGCAAAUCUGAUAAAUAGUUCAGGACUGGCGGAGAAACAUGGCCUUAAAUUGUCCUUCGCCGAGGAUCUAACUCAGGGUGAUGUUCAGCCUCAGCUGAAAAUAACUGCUUUUGGAAAGUCAAUCUCAGGUGUCGUGAUGAACUCCAAACCGUAUUUGAAAACAAUCAAUGACGCAGUUUUUACGGAACUGUUUGACUUGGAAGUUAGUUCCGGUAGAUUAUUUGCCGGAACUCUGAAUACAUCUGAUGUAGCUAGUGUGUUGACCAGUCUGCAAAAAAUUGGGCUGCAAAGAAUGAAUCUUGCGACAGUCGGGGAAAAAUCAACGCUUGUUGGUGUUUCCCAAAAAUCUGAUGAUAGUUUGAAUAAAUUUGGUAUAUUUUUUGCUGCUUAAAUGAAUUGUUUUGUAUACUAAUUGGAUCAUGUAAUUUGGAUUUAAUAUAUGAAUUUCACCCAUUGGUAAAAGCUAAAAACGAUACAAUUUGCAGUAUAAUUCAUAAAAUUUAAAGCUGA